AUGCAUAGUGAAAUACCAUCUAACCUGCCUUCUUGUUCUACCUUGCCUGGAUGGAAAUAUGAUGUCUUCUUGAGUUUCAGAGGAAAAGACACGCGCAAAAACUUCACUGGUCAUUUAUAUUCUGCAUUGGAUCAGAAAGGAAUAUUUACCUUUAAAGAUAACCAUAGACUUGAUAGGGGAAAGGUAAUAUCAUUGGAACUCUUUAAAGCAAUAGAAGAAUCUAGGUUUGCACUCAUCGUUUUUUUAGAAAAUUAUGCAUUUUCAACGUGGUGCCUGGAUGAACUCGCGAAGAUUUGGGAAUGCAUGAAAGUGAUGGGUCAGAUAGUUCUGCCAGUUUUCUACAAUGUCGGUCCAUCCGAGGUUAGAAAUCAGACUGGAAGCUUUGAGAAAGCUUUUGCAGAACAUGAACAAAAUUUUGGGGAAGAUGUGGAAAAGGUGCAAAGGUGGAGGGUUGCCUUGACAGAGAUUGCCAAUCUGUCUGGAUGGCAUUUGCAGAAUAGGGAAGAGCCCACAUUUAUUCAAGGCAUUGUUGACGAAAUAUCAUGUAAAUUGGGUCCUACAUUUUUAAAUACAAAUGGCAAUCUGGUCGGAAUGGAGUCACGAAUGAAGCAAAUGGAUCCAAUACUAGGUAUAGGUUUGAAUGAUGUUUGCAUAUUGGGGAUUUGCGGAAUGGGGGGAAUAGGUAAGACAACUCUUGCAAGAUAUGUUUUUGACAAGAUCUCUUACCAAUUUGAUGGUAGUAGCUUUCUUGCCAAUGUGAGAGAAGUUUCCAUGACACAAGGUCUGGUCGCCCUACAGCAACAACUUAUUUCACAAAUCUUGAUAGAAAGAAACAUAAACAUAUGGGAUGUUUACGGAGGAAGUAACGAGAUAAGGAGAAGGUUACGGCAUAAAAGGGUUCUUGUCAUUCUUGAUGAUGUAGAUCAAUUAGAACAAUUACAAGCAUUAGUUGGAAUGCAUGAUUGGUUUGGGUUGGGAAGUAGAAUCAUCAUUACAACUAGAGAUCAACAUUUACUUGUUAGACAUGGCGUGGAUAAUGUGCAUAUGGUUGAUGGAUUAAGUCAUGAGGAAGCUCUUCAGCUCUUUUGCUGGAAAGCAUUUAGAAAAGGUCAUCCUACUGGUGGUUUUUUAGAGCUCUCAUUGCAAAUGGUCAGUUAUGCUGUUGGCCUUCCAUUAGCUCUUGAAGUUUUGGGAUCGUUUUUGUUUUGCAGAAGUAAAGCUGAGUGGAAAGACGCAUUGGUUCGAUUGAAAAAAGUUCCUGACAGAAAAAUUUUUGAAAUACUCAAAAUAAGUUACGAUGGGCUGCAGGAACUAGAGAAGAAAAUAUUUCUGGAUGUUGCUUGUUUCUUUAAAGGGAGGGACAAAGAUGAAAUAAGAGAAAUACUAGACAGUUGUGAUUUUCACCCAGAUAUUGGAAUUAGCGUUUUGAUUGAUAAAUGUAUUAUAACUCUUUCAAACAACUCAUUGUGUAUGCAUGAUUUGAUACAGUCUAUGGGUAGGGAAAUUGUUCGCCGAGAGUGCCCAGAAAACCCUGGCCAGCGUAGUAGGUUGUGGCUUUCUAAUGAUAUUCAUCGUAUAUUGACAAAAAAUGAGGGCACAGAGGCUGUUGAAGGCAUAAUCCCAGACUUUCCCGUGUACAAAGAGUUAAAAUUGAAUGCUAAAUCCUUUUCAAGGAUGAACAAUCUAAGAUUACUCAAAAUCAAAGAUGUAAGCCUUUGCCGACGCCUUGAAUAUCUUUCAGAUGAGCUACGUCUUCUCAACUGACAUGGCUACCCCUUGAGAUCUUUGCCAUCCAAUUUUCAACACAACAAACUUUUCGAACUUAACAUGUGUACAGCCACAUUAAACAACUUUGGAAAGGAGUAAAGCAUUUGAACCAGUUGAAAAUAAUUAUCCUCAGUCACUCAAAAUACUUAACUAAGACCCCAGACUUCACUGGUGCGCCAAAUCUCGAGAGACUGAUUCUUGAUGGUUGUACGAGUUUAUCUUUUGUUCACCCAUCCAUUGGACUCCUCAAAAAGCUUAUAUUAUUGAAUUUGAAAGACUGCAAACAGUUUAAGAGUCUGAGAGCUAAAAUUGAAUGGGAGUCUCUUGAAGUUCUUAUCCUUUCUGGCUGCUCAAAACUCAGUAGUGUUCGAGAGAUCAUGUCCAAUACGAAGCAUCUCGCAACGCUUAAAGUUCUUGAUCUCAAUGGCUGCUCAAAACUAGACAAACUGCCGGAGGACUUGGGCCAUCUCGCAAGUUUGGAAAGUCUUGACUUAGGUGGAACUGCUAUGAGCCAACCACCAUCUUCUAUUGUGCUAUUGAAAAACCUCGAACAAUUAUCUUUUCAUGGAUGCAAAGGAAAAGCUAGAAAGUCCUGGAGUUCUCUCUCGAGCUUGUUCCCAUUGUUCCCUAGAGCAAAUCUAGAGUCCGUGGGCUUGAGGUUACCUUCUUCUUUAUCAGGUUUAUGCUCUUUAAGACAAUUGGAUCUAGGUGAUUGCAACCUGCAGGAAGGUGCAAUUCCUUCUGAUAUUGGCUUCUUACCAUCAUUAAUAAAAUUAAAUUUGAGUAGCAAUGAUUUUGUUAGUUUACCUGCAAGCAUCAGUCAACUCCCUCAGCUUGAAACUCUUUCUAUAGACUAUUGCGAUCGACUUCAGGCCUUGCCAGAGCUUCCAGCAAGUACAGAUGGAUUAUAUGCUCGGAAUUGCACAUCCUUGGAAAUAAUAUCAUCAAGUCCGUCACAUAUAUUCAAAUCAACACCACGAAUGUUUUAUUUUAAUAAUUGCUUCAGACUGGCUGGAAGUAGAAGAACCCAUGGUGUGACAGUCACUUUUUUUAAAAAUCUGCUUCAUUCGCUGUUAAAAAGUCAAGUUCAGGGACUUAAAUGUGGAGUUACACGUUCUGAUUUCGAAAUUAUUGUUCCCGGAUCUCAAGUUCCAGACUGGUUCAUUCAUCAGAGUGAAGGGUCAUCAAUAAGUAUUUCUCAACCAAUGCCAACAUGUAGCGGACUGGCACUUUGUGCUGCUUUUUCAGUACAUCAUCCAAAGGGUUUCUAUCAAGACCAAUGGAUGAAUCUUCGUUGUCAUUUAGAAGUGAAUUUCACAACUACAGAUGCUGUUUCGAAAACACUCCUGGACAAUCCAAGGACAGUUGCUGUCUCCAUGUCAGUCCCUCUACAAACCUUGGCUGGGACAGAUCACCUGUGGUUGUUCUACAUUUCUAGAAGUUAUCUCACCUACAAUGAUUUUUUUUAUCUAAGUAUGGUUUCUUUCAGGGAUGAAUCCCAUGAAGGGUUUACCAUCAAGGUAAAAGAAUGUGGGCUCCGUCCAGUGUAUGAUUCUGAUGUUGAAGAAUUCAUUAGAGCAUCUAAUAAUCUUAGCAGCAAUACUAGGCCUGAGGUUUUGGAUCCUGAUAGAUUAGCAGUAACAAGUACUAUCAUCAAGAGAAGCUGUGAUUACUGCUCUGAUCAGCAGCCGUAUCCAAAAAGAUUGAAGUGAUACUGUUUGAGUGCUUAAACCUAAUGAACAAAUAACUCUUGGAAUUAAACUCUUCACUCCUUUCUGCUGGCCUUUUCUCUAACUUUGACUUGCUAUGGUUUUUGUAAGUGAUCGUCCCCAAAUUCAUCUCUUAUGUGAAGCGAAGUUUUGAUCAUAAACUAUGGUAACAAAGCAAAGCAGCUGUGAAUGUAAGAUUUAAAAGAACUGAUAAUUAAAAUAGUA